CUGACUGAUAAAGGGCAUCACCCCAGGACACGACAACAGGUCCCAGGCCAAAGUUAAAGAGCUUCGGCAGGGCUACGUGAAGGCCCGAGAGCAGAGCUCAGCAUCAGGUGCAGCCCCGAUGCACUGAGCCUAUUAUAAUGAACUGGACCGCAUCCUGGGAGGCCAGGAACCUAUGUCUGCACUGGUGCUCAUGCAGACAGGGUUGCACACACCAGUGCAGCAGGGCUGGCAGGAGGUCCCCAGGGAAGAUGUGGAGGAGAAGGAGGAAGAGCAGCAGACAGAGGACAUCCUGAUCCUGACCCUGCAGCCUAUCCCGGAGACUCAGGAAGCCUCACAGGCAUCUUCCAACGCUGGCGAAGGAGCAUCAGCCGGACCUGCUGCUGCUGACCACCGGGCAACACCAGUGCCACCACCCACACAGUCCCACAGCACCCGCAAGCAUUGGAGGGCCUAUAAUGACCUCUUGUGGAGGCGAUGGAGAAAAUUGAGGGGACCAUGGCCAAAAUGCAGGAGACCAUGUCCAAAAGAUCCAAGGAGGAGGCUCGCUGGCAUAAUUGCCUGCUUAACGAUUUCCUACCGCAGUGGAGCGCAAUGUGUGCCACCCUCCGGGAGGCCCUGGCUGUGCCAGGUCCUCUCCCCCUGGGGACUCCUCCUGCCCAUCCAGCUCCAGCCCCCUCUAAACCCCCCUUCCUGUCCCUGCCACUCCUCCAGCCCUGCCCCACUCUCCCUUCCCCCUCCCCCACUAGAGCAGAGCCAUCUGCAUUCCCAACUCAAGCCUGAGGAUGGCAGGGUCCACGGACAAGAGGUGGCAAAGCCUUGAGGCCCAGGCGAUACCACCAUUAUCCUUAAACUGUCUGUCCUCCUUCCCUCCCUCCCUCCAGAUUGAAAUCCCCCCUCCUACCACAGUUAUAAACACAUGUUAAUAGUUCAAAAAAAGUUUAUUUUUAACAGUUGUUGAACAAUUCUAUUUUUAUAACAGUUGCAAAUUCUAACGUUACUCCUUGAUAAACAUUAUAUUUUUCAUGUUUAACAUGGUGUGUGUGCCUUAACUGUUCAGAGGCUGAUGGAGGGAAGGUUUUGGGAUGGGGGGCAGGCCCACAGGCCCCAUUGGGGAGACCUUGGGGAGUAAUUGGGCUCCAGCUGAGAAGCGUUCAUGCAGAGCCUCCUGGAUGUGGACCCCCACCUGAUAGGCUUGGCGAA